AUGGUCUCCCUUUGGCUUCUGUCCUGCUUUGCCCUCCUAGGGGCCGCCCAUGGCUGUGGAGUCCCUACCAUCGAACCAGUGCUGAGUGGCCUGGCCAGGAUCGUCAACGGCGAGGAUGCUAUCCCUGGCUCCUGGCCCUGGCAGGUGUCCCUCCAGGACAAAACCGGCUUCCACUUCUGCGGGGGCUCCCUCAUCAGCCCAGACUGGGUGGUCACCGCUGCCCACUGCGGGGUCUCAACGUCUGAUGUGGUGGUGGCUGGGGAGUAUGACCAAGGCUCUGAUAAGGAGGACGUGCAGGUCUUGAAGAUUGCAAAGGUUUUCAAGAACCCCAAGUUCAGCAUGCUCACUGUGCGCAAUGACGUCACCCUGCUGAAGCUGUCCAAACCCGCUCAGUUCUCUAAGACUGUGUCCGCCGUGUGCCUUCCCAGUGCCAGUGAUAACUUCUCUGAUGGGACCCUGUGUGUCACCACCGGCUGGGGCAAGACCAAGUACAAUGCCAACAAGACCCCUGACAAGCUGCAGCAGGCAGUCUUGCCCUUGGUGUCCACUGCUGACUGUAAGAAGUACUGGGGUACCAAGAUUACGGACGUGAUGAUCUGUGCCGGAGCCAGCGGCGUCUCCUCCUGCAUGGGUGACUCUGGGGGCCCCCUGGUGUGCCAGAAGGAUGGAGCCUGGAACUUGGUAGGCAUCGUGUCCUGGGGCAGUAACACCUGCAGCACCUCUACUCCUGCUGUGUACGCUCGUGUCACUGCGCUCCUGCCCUGGGUUCAGGAGAUCCUGGCAGCAAACUGAGCAUAUUUCCUUGCCCUUCUCCACGGAUCCCCAGUAAAGCGCUCUGUUCAGAAACACCGACUGCAUGUGUCUCACUGUGUGACCCCUGGGGACGUGGGACUGCACUGUCCACAUCAGCCACCAAGCGUGGCAUCGGGUCCCUCACCGGGCUGCAGCUCUCCUCUCAGACGGCCGAGGUCCUUCUGUGUCCCCCACACAGAGUCCACACCGCCUGCCGGAGCGGCCGCACCCCCAGAGCUCUCUGGAGGC